GGACACAACCUGCGAAGAAGAAAACUACAUUGUAUUUAAGUUUUAAAACAGAAUCGCCUUCUCCUCCUCGAGGCUGAGUUUAGGAAACUGUUAAAACUUUACUCAGAAGAGCGGUGAGACGUUUGUGGACUCUCAGGGAAAUUAUCUGCACUUUGUGGUCGUGCAGCAGGACGACAUCCAGAUUACUGGUUACAUCAAGGUGUAUCCGUGUGAAUGUCCACGCUGAGCAAAGUGCAAGGUCCCCUCAGUGUUCAGAUAUGAGCUGCGGCCAGCUCUAACCACUACUGCUCCUCUGCUUACCUCUGCAGCUAACUUAAAUGUGCCUUUUUACACUUUUAUUUUUUAUAUAAACCAGUUUUAUUUUUUGCACCAAAUAUGUCGUGCCUGUUGCUGGGAGUCAUACGAAGACAUGGCAGUGUCGGGGCCAGUGUUGGAGUCCGCUCUCUUGCCUCCAUCCCCUCGCUGCCCCCGGCGGUGGCUGAGUUUGUGAAGGGAGCGGUGGAUGAAUGUAAACCGUCCAGUGUGCAUGUGGUGACGGGGACGCCGCAGGAAACGGCCAACAUCCUGGCAGGUCUGGAGAAGGAGGGCAUGGUCAAGAAGCUUUCCAAAUAUGAGAACUGUUGGUUGGCGCGUACAGACCCAAAGGACGUGGCUCGGGUGGAAAGCAAGACUGUGAUUGUGACCAAGAACCAGAGGGACACCAUCCCCAUCCCUGCUGACGGAGUGAAGAGCCAGCUCGGCAGCUGGAUGAGCGAGUCCGACUGGCAGAAAGCCAGACAGGAUCGUUUCCCUGGAUGCAUGGCAGGUCGAACCAUGUAUGUGAUUCCCUUCAGUAUGGGUCCUGUCGGCUCGACUCUGACAAAAUAUGGCGUCCAGGUGACAGACUCACCAUACGUUGUGGCCAGUAUGGGGAUCAUGACGCGCAUGGGCACUCCGGUCUUGAACAAACUGUCUGAAGGAGUGGAGUUUGUCCGCUGUCAGCACUCUUUGGGACAACCUUUACCACUCAAAGCACCUCUGGUCAACUCAUGGCCCUGUAACCCAGGCAAGGUGCUGAUAUCUCACCUGCCAGACACCAGGCAGAUCUUGUCCUUUGGCAGUGGCUAUGGAGGAAACUCUCUCCUGGGGAAGAAGUGCUUCGCCCUCCGUAUCGCCUCCCGCAUCGCUAAGGAUGAAGGCUGGCUGGCUGAACACAUGCUGAUCCUGGGCAUUACUAACCCUCAGGGAGUGAAACGUUACGUAGCGGCAGCCUUCCCCAGUGCCUGUGGUAAAACCAACUUGGCCAUGAUGAAACCAGCUCUGCCCGGCUGGAAGGUUGAGUGUGUGGGCGAUGACAUCGCUUGGAUGAAGUUCGACAGCCAAGGGAAACUGAGAGCCAUCAACCCUGAGAACGGUUUCUUCGGUGUGGCUCCCGGCACCUCCGACAAGACCAACCCAUACGCCAUGGCCACCAUUGCCAAAAACACCAUGUUCACCAAUGUUGGUGAGACCAGCGAUGGAGGAGUGUGGUGGGAGGGCCUGGACCCCCCUGCAGCUGGGGUCUCACUCACAGACUGGCACGGCAAAACGUGGAAGCAUGGAAGCAAGACUCAAUGUGCCCACCCCAAUUCCCGCUUCUGUGCCCCGGCGGCUCAGUGUCCCAUCAUUGACCCCCAGUGGGAGAGCGAGGAGGGCGUUCCCAUCGACGCCAUCAUCUUCGGAGGCAGGAGGCCGGAAGGGGUCCCUCUGGUUUACGAGUCUUUCAACUGGCAACACGGAGUCUUUGUUGGAGCCGCCAUGAGGUCUGAGGCCACGGCAGCUGCUGAGCAUAAAGGUAAGGUCAUCAUGCACGACCCCUUCGCCAUGCGGCCAUUCUUCGGUUACAACUUUGGCGACUACCUCGCUCACUGGCUGAGCAUGGAGAAACGAAAGGCCCCCACUCAGCUGCCCAAGAUCUUCCACGUCAACUGGUUCAGGAAGGACCCCGCGACCGGCGCCUUCCUCUGGCCCGGCUUCGGUGAAAACGCCCGCGCGCUGGAGUGGAUCUUCAGGCGCUGCAGCCGGGAGAGGGAGGACGAGGCGGCCAAGAAGAGCAUUAUCGGCUGGCUGCCAGAAGAUGGCGCCAUCGACACUAAAGGUCUGGGUAAGGUGGAUAUGGGUGCCCUGUUCGACGUGCCCAAGUCUUUCUGGCAGAAGGAGACCAAAGAGUUGAGAACCUACUUCACCCAGCAGGUUGGAGCUGAUCUGCCAGCCCAGGUGGCGGCUGAGCUGAAGGCGCUGGAGGAUAGAGUGCACAAUUAAAAACCCCACUGACAGGAAGUUCAUCCGGAAACAGGGAGGCAGUCACAGGAUCAGAUCAUUAGGGUGAAAUCAGAGUCACUGGCAGAGUUUAAAUACACAGAGAACUUAGCUCUGUGAGCGCAGCUUUGGUUUCAUUCAUGGAAACAUAAAAACACUGACAUUGUUGAACCAGGUUGAGAUGCCCGGCUAAAAGGUCACCAUGACAGAAACAUCCCAUUCCUCUUUGGCUUUCACAACAUUAGAUAUGUACUAAAAUGAUAGUAUGAGAGACUUGCUGCUCAGUCAAAGUAGAGCUGCGUCAAUAAAUCGAUCAGUUGUCAGUUAUGACACAUUAUUCUUCUUAAACACUGAUGUUUUCUGGUUUCUUUACUUCUCUGUAUCUGUAGUUACAUGGAGAAUAUUCAUCUUUAAUCUGACUGAAAUCAUCCUGAUGAGACGGAGAUUGGCGUUGCCCGCUGUGACACUUCUCAUAUGCCAGAAAUAUAACAGAAAAAUGCGGUUUUUUUAUUACUAUUUGAGAAAAUUUAAUUCAUUCAAUCCAUAAAAUAUAGAAGUAGAAGAUACUCUUCUGUCUGUAAAUACAUUUAUGUAUUAAGUCAGUGUAACCCAGGUUACAGACAUCCCCUAAACAUCUCACAUGCAAACUUUUGGUAGAUGACACAAUAUAUUUAAGUUCCCUAAACAUCUCAGUCUACUGUUUUAAGAAAGACCACUCACAUCAGAAUGUAGCACUUGCAGGGCGCUAAAUUUUGUCUGAAUUUAUAGAUAAUUUUCAGUCAGAAUCAGAGGUGUGUAAAAAAAGCUGUUGCAGCAAGUUGUGUGUGCUGUUCACCUGUUGUUACCCCAUGUGGGGUAAACACGCAGAAAGAAUAUAUGUAUCCCAAGCAGAGAGAAGCAUUUGGAUGAAGCGUUCAUGUGUAUGUUAGGUGCAAAUAUUUUCCUAUCGAACCGACCUCACCUCUCCCAAACAGUUUAGGCUGCAUCAGAUCAGUCUGAGGUGAUAACAUGACUUAUUUUUAUUCUGAUUAUUAGUGUAAUAUUAGGUAAAUAAAUUCACGACCGUAAACUUACAUUUGAGGAAGUCAUCUCGGGAUUUGAGAAACACUGAACCACAUUUUUCAUCAUUCUCUGAAAUCUUGAGCAAACACCUGGUUGAUUUUAUUGAGAAAAUAACUGAAAGAUUGUGUGUUGAAUUGAAUGUUGUAUGUUGAGAACUGAGAAAAAUGGUAGACUUGUGUUUGUUCAAUUAUUAGUUUUAAUAAAAAGCUGCGCCCCAAAAAGACCAAUAGCCAGGCCAGAAGUUAACCUUCUCUGUGCAUGAAAACACCGCCAGUGACUCUUGUCUCUUUUACUAUGAAGAGAAAUCUGUUCCGAGAUAAAAAAGCAAAUGAUUUACAAUGCAAUACCUUUGGACGCGACUUCACACUAAUGCUGCAACACUGAAGGACUGGCAUCAGGCUGGUGGGAGGAGGGAGGUUUGCCUCUCAACAUGAGGGUUCAAUAUUUGCAACGUUUUCAGAUUGUAAUAUAGAGAAGCUAAUGUCACUACCUCCAUUCACUCACGCCACCUGGCAUGGUACUAAAGCACAAAACAUGACCUAAUGGUGCCUUUGAGACAUUUAACAAUGCAGUGUCAAGGCUGCUAAUGUUUACAAGCUGAAUUCCAAAGAUCGCUUUUAACAAAAUCCCAACAAAAACUACACAGUUUUAAAAUUUCUUUUACUCAUUAAAAGGUUUUAAAUGAAUUUUAGCAUCAGAUCUUUCAAUAUACUAUUGACAGAAUCUCAUGAAAUGCCAGUUACUUUAAGCUGAGCUCGAUAUUCAAACACACAUAUCAUAAGUCCAAAAACUACUCAAAACAUUGUAGCAUAUUUCCACUGGGAAUUACUAUGCAUGAUUCACCUUGCCACUUUUGUAAUGUUUGUGAUUAAAUUGUAUGAUUUCAGGUGAUGUUUACACACAAUAUGUGAAAUGUUGGACCAAUAAAUGCAACUGAGAUUCAUAGGUAUUUUUAGAAGUUGUAUGCUAAGGUUUUUAUGACAGUACAAUGAAUAAAUAAAUUCAAAUGCA